AUGCCAGAACCGCUUUCACAUCACUCCUCACAGCGCACGUCUGCUGAGCAGUAUUCUGGCCCAAACACUCUUGCCCACCAAGUACAGACCCUUCACUCGCUAUCGACGCCAAAUGCAAACAUAUACCAUGCAAUAUCCACUCCUGACCUUUCGCUCUCCAACCUGCUAGAUACUUUCUCAGAAGCAAUAAAAGAAUUCGAUAACUGGUUAGAAUGUGCUCAACUAGUAAUACUAACAUUAGAAGAAACUGUAAGGGAUGGAGUCCCAGUGAGGAGUAUCAGUGAAGUGGACGUUCUUAUACAAAGAUUCACACAAAAUAUAGCAUUACUUAAAGAUUUAUCCGUUCCCAUACUAGAUAGGCAAAAAUUAGAUGAAAGCAUAAAGGACGAGGGCGAAGACUGCGAGACCGAUAGUAAUAGUAAAAAAGAUUAUGCAAAUAAGUAUGACUCCAGCAACAUUCUGUCGACUAUCGGAAGAAUACAGAAUGAAUGGUUGGAGACCAAGCAAUCGUUCACAAAGAUAAAGAAGGAGAUGACGGAAUCUAAACAUAGAAGAGAACUUUUAGAAACUAUGGAUCAAAUACUUGCAUCUAUAGAAGAACUCAACACUAACAUCUUUGAGUAUCAAGAACAGCGUCACUCCGGAUUCACUUCAUCAGACGACCUUCCAUUCCCACGACUUUCUUCAUCUCCAUCAUCUUCCAGUAGACCAAUGACUCCGGCAACUCCGUCAAAUAAUGAAUUCAGCUCUAGAUCGGACAUUGCUCUAAUGCAGCUAGACUCACGUAUGGAGCCACUUUCUGCACGUAUCGACUAUCUAAGAUCGCGACUUAGCGCUCCAAAUGCUCCAUCUGAUUCGAGUGGGAGUUUAUCUAAAAAGCACAAUUUAUUGACCAGUAGAUGGGAUGUAUUGAAGCAGGAGAUUGAGUCAUUAAGAGAUGAGUUAAAGGAUGACCGAUGGGUAGGAUUAUUCAAACAAGUGACAGGACAAGCUACUCAAAUGAUGGACAGUUUAGAUAGAGCGGUCAGGCAAUGUAAGGACUUUUUCAGCAGAGCAAUUAACAUGUCUGAUUCGCUGUCAAGUAGAGGUGGACGAGGAAUGUCCAACAAUAACUCUAGAUACAGUCAGAGAAACAAUAAUGGCUCAUCUGCAUAUUCUCAAAAUCCAAUUCAGCCUCAAAUACCAAUAAAUACUAAGAACUACCAAAGACUAUACAAACAGUUCGAUGCCAAGCGCAAGUACUAUGUGCCAGCCGUAAACAAAAUGCUAACCAUGCUAGGCAGCGAAAUCAACAAUCGCACACGAAGAGACUCGGAGAUAAUUCAGAAAUACAAUACCUUGAAAUCACGUUGGGGUAGCAUACUCGAGGGAGUACGUGAUGUGCAGCAGGACAUGCCUCAAUUGGAGACGAUAAUGGAUACUGCCUUGAUUGGUAGUAACUCUCCUCCUUCUUCUAUACCUUCAUCUCUUGCUUCAUCUCCCCCAAUAUCACCAUCGAUACGUCCAAUUAAAGGAAUGUUUUCUCCAGAGUCAGGUUCACCUCCAAAGAUACCCCGGACCGUAUCACCGUAUCGAUCCAAUCGAGAUAGAUCAUUAUCACCAUCGGGUAGCAAUGCAAGAUCACCUUCAGUGAGAUCUAAAACUCCAUCACCACGAACAGGAAGUCCGUAUGGGGGGAAAUCGUUGUACCCGCCCAAUGGGAUGCGACGAGCGGACUCGCCACAGUCAACUGAUCGAUCUAAUAAUUGGCCAUAUAACUAUCCACCGGACAAAUAUGUGGACAGAUACGAUAGACAGUAUACACCUGACAAGUAUUCUCCAUACUCCCCUGGUCAAUUUCACAGAUCGUCAUCCCCUCAGCUUGGAUACGAUCGUAGUUCAAACAAAUUGCGCUCAAAAUCAACUAGUCGCCCCGAGUCACCUAUUCGUCCGAUGACCGCUCGUCCAAUGUCCACGUGUCCCCCAAUAUCGCCUGCCGAAAGACCGGUAACAGGUAUACCUCGUCCAGUAACCAGCAUGAGUAUGCGUCCUCGCAGAACAACACCAGUUACCACUUCCCCAGGGAUGGCAUCAGCUUUCACACGAUUGUCAAUAUCUCCUACUCCUCAUAUGAGCAAAAGGAGAUCAGAGACACCCUCGUCGAUUGCUAGCGACGAUCAAUUUGGAAUCGACGAUGACGAUGAUGAUCGUUCUGGGAGUCCAUUAUCAGAUACAAUUAGCUCAAUGCAUCGUGAUGUUCCACCCUACGUUCCUGUCAAAUCAGAUCCAUUGGACGUUGAGGUAGGAAAAGUAGUCAAUGGAUCCCCAAUAUCAGUCAAAGUCGAGAGGGUGUCUGGUGGAACAGGCAGGUAUUACUUUGGAAGCGAGAGAAUUGGACAGACCAGAAAAGUGCAAAUGUGUAAAUUGAUAAAUUCGUCAAACGGCGGGAGUAAGGUGAUGGUGAGAGUAGGAGGAGGAUGGCAGGAUUUAGAUAUGUUUUUAUUAAACCAUAGCCUGUCGAGUUAA